AUGCCAGACCUCACCUUGCAAGAGAUUGAGGAGAAGGUGAUGGCGGCGAAGCCCUGGAAAGCGCCUGGUGAGGAUGGCCUUCCUGCGAUCGUGUGGAAGAAGCUCUGGCACGUGGUCAAGCACCGGAUCAUCCCUCUGAGGAAACCAGAUAAAGGAGACUACACCUGGCCAAGGCGUGGCGACCGAUUUCUCUCCUGUCGACGCUUGGCAAGAUUCUGGAGGCAGUCGUCGCGGAACGUAUCAGCUAUGCAGUCGAGGCUCAGGGCUUUUGCCCGCGAACCACUUUGGAGCGAAUCUACAAGGCCUGGAGAACGGGCAGAGUGCUCAGCCUCAUCAGCUUUGACGUCAAAGGCGCAUACAACGGGUGUGCAAAGAGCGAAUGCUCGAAAGGAUGAAAGCCGAGGCAUCCCGAGUCGACUGGUCAAUUGGAUAGACGCAUUCUGCUCGGGACGGACCGCGUCGGUGGUUGUCAACGGGCACACAUCCGAGCAACAAACCCUGCCGCAGGCCGGCCUACCCCAGGGAUCUCCUCUGUCGCCAGUGGCUUUUCUUUUCUUCAACGCAGACCUGGUGCAAAGACGGAUCAAGUCAAACAGAGAUGGUAUCCAGUCGAUUAUCGAUGAUGCGCUUGAUUGGGAGAAGCGCAGCGGCGCCACAUUUGAAGCAGAGAAGACAUCCUUCAUCCACUUCACGCAUCGCGGGCGUGACAGCGACCUGCCUCUCAUCAUCAAAAACGAUGAACACAUCGCCAGAGCGGCCGCCAAGGGGCUGGCCGCGGCCAUGUGUUUGAAACGACUGAAGAUGGCUUCGCCACGGAUGGCGAGGCAACUGGCCCAGCGAAUCGGAGCCCAGGCUGUCACGGGAGGCUUCCGCACGGUGGCAACGGCAGUGGCCGAGGCCGAGGCCGGCGUGCAAUCGUUCCGAGAACGGCAUGCUCAAGCGGCAGCGAAAUUCUGGAUAAGGAUGCGGACGCUCCGAAGACGCAUCCUCUGA